CUCCUCCGGCUGUGUGUGUUCUUCACUUUCCUCUUUCAUUUCACUUCCAAAUUUAUCACACAACUCCUUCAACUUCCUCGAAUUUCAAUUCCCACUCCGUUACACUUUCUAAUUCCCACUCCUUCACUCUCAUUUUCCACUCAACUCUCUCCAAUUAAACUAUUUCACCCAACAGUUCUCCCAAAUUCAGCCCCUUCACCUUCUUUUCUCUCAUUUACAAUCUGGGUUUUGUAAAUUUUGCAAAACCCAUCCACAUUUCCUGCCUUUAACACAUACUAAUUCGUCUCAGACAUGGCUCAAACCCCUUAUUAUUCAUUCCAAGCUAUAUUUAUCGGCUCCUUUACCUUCCUCACCUUCAGCUUUUGUGUCGAACUUGAUUUUAGUGACGAGUUCUCGAUCAUCAGCUAUGAUGGAGAUCUAUUCCAUGGAGAUUACGCCCCUCCUUCACCUCCCCCACCUGCUCCCUUCCCUCAUCCUCCAUCAUUUUCCUGCGAGACUGAUCUCAAUGGAUUCGGGUCGCUUAACACCAUUUGCGAGCUGAAUUCUAGCUUGACCUUCCGCGAUGAUGUGUAUAUUGAGGGAAAUGGGAGCUUGUAUAUUCUCCCUGGUGUGAUUUUAAGUUGUCCCGUCUUGGGUUGCACGAUACAGAUAAACAUGACCCGGGAAUUUACUUUAGGUCCUAAUUCGCUGAUAGUUGCAGGGGCUUUGAGAAUCGAUGCUCAAAACGUUAGUUUGGUUGAUGGGUCUAUGAUAAAUGUGACGGCGUUGGCUGGAGAUCCGCCGGCGAAGACUAGUGGAACGCCGUCGGGUUUUCAGGGAGCUGGCGGGGGCCAUGGUGGUAGAGGAGCGAGCUGUGUGACGGAUAAUACCAAACUCCCAGAUGAUGUUUGGGGUGGAGACACAUACGCGUGGUCUUCUUUGGAUGAGCCAUGGAGUUUUGGGAGUAAAGGUGGAACAACUAGUAAAGGAGAAAGCUAUGGUGGGGAAGGAGGUGGGAGAAUUUGGCUUGAAAUAAAGGGCUCAAUAGAAGUCAGUGGCCGUCUUUAUGCGGAUGGUGGCAAUGGCGGUAUCAAGGGCGGGGGAGGUUCCGGUGGCAGCAUUUACAUCAAAGCUCACAGAAUGACUGGAAGUGGCAGGUUAAGUACAAUUGGUGGUAAUGGAUUUGCUGGAGGUGGAGGUGGAAGAAUUUCCCUUAAUGUUUUUAGCCGGCAUGACAAUACAGAGUUCUUUGCUCAUGGGGGGAGGAGUUAUGGCUGUUCGGAGAAUGCGGGUGCUGCUGGAACAUAUUAUGAUGCCGUGCCUCGAAGCCUUAUUGUCAGCAAUGGAAACUUAUCUACGCAAACGGAUACCCUUCUUUUAACAUUUCCCAAGCAGCCACUUUGGACAAAUGUGUAUAUUCAAAACCAUGCUAAGGCGUUGGUUCCUUUGUUUUGGAGCCGUGUACAGGUUCAAGGACAAAUUCAUUUAUCAGUUGGUGCAGUCCUGUCCUUUGGGCUUGCACAUUAUGCCUCAUCAGAGUUCGAGUUAAUUGCAGAAGAGCUUCUUAUGAGUAAUUCCGUUAUUAAGAUAUAUGGUGCUCUUCGCAUGUUCGUGAAAAUGCACUUAAUGUGGAAUUCCAAAAUACAUAUAAACGGCGGAGACAAUGAUAUCGUAGCUACGUCUCUGCUUGAGGCCAGUAAUUUAUUGGUUCUCAGGGAGUCAUCUUCUAUUCAUUCAAAUGCGAACUUAGGCGUUCAUGGACAAGGAUACCUGAAUCUUACUGGACCAGGCAAUGUUAUCGAAGCACAACGUCUAAUACUAUCAUUGUUUUUCAGUAUCUAUGUUGGGCCUAAGUCGUUUCUCCGAGGACCUCUGGACGAUUCAAAUGCCAAUAAGACGAGGCCACAGCUCUACUGCGAACUUUCUGAUUGCCCGGCGGAACUACUUCAUCCCCCUGAAGAUUGUAAUGUGAACUCUACAUUACCCUUUACACUACAGAUUUGUCGAGUUGAAGAUCUAACCGUUGAAGGCACCGUAACUGGAUCUGUUAUUCAUUUUCACUGGGUCAGAGAUAUAUUUGUUCAUCUAUCUGGUGCAAUUAGUGCAUCUGGUCUUGGCUGCACUGAUGGUGUGGGUAGAGGAAGAAUUUUUGAAAACGGUCUUGGCGCGGGUGGUGGACAUGGUGGGAAAGGAGGGGAUGGAUAUUAUAAUGGCACCUUCAUCGACGGUGGUGUUGCGUAUGGGGACCCUGAUCUACCUUGUGAACUUGGAAGUGGUAGUGGAAAUGGUAGUCUUGCUGGUGAAACGGCAGGCGGUGGGAUUAUUGUGAUGGGGUCGCUAGAGCACUCGGUAGUAAGUUUAUCUCUCAAUGGGUCCCUUAAAGCUGAUGGAGAAACCUUCGGGCGAGAUGUUGGAGGGCAAGUAGAUGCGAAAGUGUUGAAUGUUGGUCCUGGAGGUGGAUCGGGUGGAACAAUUCUUCUCUUUGUGCAAACGGUAUCCCUCGGCGAGUCUUCUGUCAUUUCAGCUGUUGGGGGACAAGGAAGUUCAAAUGGUGGGGGUGGCGGUGGCGGUGGAAGGGUUCAUUUUCAUUGGUCAGAUAUACCAGUUGGGGAUGCAUAUCAACCUAUAGCAGUUGCGAAAGGAAACAUUUAUACUGGGGGAGGCGUAGGAAGCUAUCAUGGUUCUGAUGGCGAAAACGGCACUAUCACUGGAAAGGCCUGCCCCAGAGGGCUGUAUGGUAUCUUUUGUGAGGAAUGCCCCCUUGGAACAUUUAAGAAUGCCACUGGAUCUGAUAGAGCUCUGUGUACCAAGUGCCCGACUCAUGAGCUUCCGAACCGAGGCAUUUAUGUUAGUGUUCGAGGUGGUGUUGCUGAAAGGCCUUGUCCCUACAAAUGCAUUUCCGACCGAUAUCACAUGCCGCAAUGUUAUACAGCUCUAGAAGAGUUGGUAUAUGCUUUCGGAGGUCCUUGGUUGUUUUGUCUUAUUCUUGUUGGACUCCUCAUCCUUUUAGCCUUGGUGUUAAGUGUUGCACGUAUGAAAUAUGUCGGUGGGGAAGAAUUACCAGCAACGGUACCGGUUCGACAAGGUUCUAGAAUAGAUUACUCUUUUCCUUUCCUGGAGUCCUUGAAUGAGGUUUUGGAAACAAAUCGAACGGAGGAAUCCAAAAGUCACGUGCAUAGAAUGUAUUUCAUGGGCCCGAAUACUUUCAGUGAACCGUGGCACCUUUCUCACUCCCCUCCUGAACAAGUAGCAGAAAUUGUAUUUGAAGAUGCAUUUAAUAGAUUUGUGGAUGAGAUAAAUGAUUUAGCUACUUAUCAGUGGUGGGAAGGAUCAAUCUACAGUAUUCUUUCUAUUCUUUCCUAUCCACUGGCAUGGUCAUGGCUACAACACUGUCGGAAAAAGAAGGUGCAACGUCUUCGCGAGUAUGUUCGCUCUGAAUAUGAUCACUCUUGCCUGCGUUCUUGCCGUUCACGUGCUCUUUAUGAAGGUCUCAAGGUUACUGCUACUCCUGAUUUAAUGCUUGCGUAUGUGGAUUUCUUCCUCGGUGGAGAUGAAAAGAGAGUUGAUCUUCCUCGUCUUCAACAAAGAUUACCCGUCUCAGUAAUCUUCGGGGGAGAUGGAAGUUACAUGGCUCCUUUCACUCUACACAGUGAUAAUAUUCUGACGUCGUUAAUGGGCCAGUCCAUUCCACCGACGAUUUGGUAUCGGCUUGUGGCUGGACUCAAUGCUCAACUACGCUUAGUUCGUUGUGGACACCUGAAGAAGACUUUUGACCAUGUAGUUGGUUGGUUGGAAACACAUGCUAAUCCAACUCUAUGUGCGUAUAGUGUGAGGGUCGAUCUUGCCUGGUUUCAGCCCACCGCUUCUGGAUAUUGCCAAUUCGGAUUAUUGUUAUCUGCUUUGGAGAACGAUAAGUGCAGCCAUAUGCUGAAGGCCAACGUAAAUUAUUACUGUCCGAGCGACAGUCAUGGUAAUCAUUUUGAAUCUAACUUCCUCUGUUGCUACUUAACGGUUUAUUUGAAAUUUGUUCCCGUCGACACGUGCAGUUCACCUAGACGUAUGGAUAAGAAGCCAUUUGACCAAUUAAAAAUAACCGAGCAGAAGAUGGUUCAGAAACGAAUAUUGGGUGGAAUUAUACAGGGAAAGAGCCUGAAAGCUCUUAAAGAGAAGAGGGAUAUAUCUUAUCCGCUCUCGUUCACGAUCUACAAUACUAAACCGGUUGGCCAUCAGGAUCUUGUUGGUCUGGUAAUCUCCAUGAUUCUCUUAGGAGAUUUUAGCUUGGUUUUGCUCACAUUGUUACAGAUGUACUCCAUUUCUCUUCUCUAUUUCUUUCUCGUUCUCUUCGUCCUUCCUCUCGGUCUGCUAUCGCCUUUUCCUGCUGGGAUUAAUGCUUUAUUCAGUCAUGGACCUCGACGUUCAGCAGGUCUGGCACGUGUAUAUGGUCUGUGGAACAUUACAUCCAUGAUUAAUGUUGUAGUUGCUUUCGUUUGCGGGUUAAUUAAUUAUUUAUACCGUUCAAAUCGAAAAAAUCCCAGCUUUCAGACCUGGAAUUUUAGCAUGGAUGAUAGUGAAUGGUGGAUGCUUCCUGCUGGAUUGGCACUCUGCAAAAUUAUUCAAGCACGACUCGUUGAUUGGCACGUCGCGAAUCAGGAAAUUCAGGACUUCUCAUUGUAUAGCAACGACCCGGAUGCGUUCUGGCAGACGUGAAAAACCGUGCAUUGAUAGGUAAAUGGGAUUGAUACACAUCAUAUUGAUUUUUUAUAAUUUAAUUUGUUUGUAUUGAGGGAUAGUAUAGUAUAGUUUGCAAAGGUAAGGAACUUAUGGUCCUAGUCAAAAUUUGCAUAGUUUUUGUUUACCCUUACAUAUACAUAAAUUGUUGAGUUAGUCUCUAUCCAAUAUUUUUUCGUCGCCCCGUGUGUAUUUUUGUACAUAUUAUAGCGCGUCCCGCUUCGAUGGUUGUUAGAUAUGUCUCAAAUGUAUUAUUACCAUAUAACCUUGUGAAUUCAUCUACCGUUGUCAUCUU